AAGGAGGAGGUAGAUAGGAGUGCGUUCAUACAUCUGCAAUGGCCAUUGUAGUGAAAUAUAGCUCGCUUUUGUCUCUUGCAGUGGUGCUGAUUGCAUACUGGUUCAGAUCACCAGACAGUUCGGUUCUGGACGACAGACUGGACACGGUUCUGUCUUCACUGCUGCGCGCGGAGCGGAAAGUGGGCACGAACAGCGUUAUCAGACCUCGAGUGGCCAUCGGUUUUGGUGGCUGUGUCGAUAUCAUCGUUGAUGGAGUAGCCCUGCUAAACAAAAUCGGUGUGAAGCCUUCAGACCAGCCUCUCCAUCAUGACUACAUAGAGAACGCUGAGCAACUGAGCCAGAGCUUCGCCUUCUUUUUCCCACCGGGAGCCGCUUCAGAGAGGUUUGUGGUGAACGACACACUCUUCAGUGAACUGGUGGAGGCUUCUCGCGAGUUGCCAGGAAACAGGUGGUCGAUCGGAGGAAAUGCACCUGUCAUGGCCAGCAGGAUGGCACUUGAGGGGUGUGAUGUUCUUCUAGGGGGCAGUUUCAGCACAGAUUUCACCGACAUCCUGUCUCAGCGAAUCACAGUGGCAGGAAACACACUAAACGAGCCAGACAUCCACCUGAUUCUGGAGUACCCCACAGGAGCCACAUGGGGACCAUACACUUCACUAAGGGCAAACAGAUAUAUAGUCCACAGCGAUGACCAUAAUCCGUAUCUCGACUCCAUGGAGCAGUUUCAAGAGCAGCUAAAGAGCUUCAAACCAGAUCUGCUGGUGGUCGGCGGACUUCAGAUGAUGGACAACUUCCCUUUUAAACACGGAGUGCGUGAAUCAUUGCUGAACAAUCUGGCACAGAUGUUGUCCUCUGCAUCGCCUCAGACUACUGUGCAUUUUGAGAUGGCCAGCUUUGUGGAUGAGGGUUUGAUGUUGGAUCUUCUACAGUUUGUUCUUCCACACGCUGACUCGUUGGGCAUGAACGAACAAGAGCUGCCCAAUCUCUUGAGCCUCUUCCGGGGUAGCAACCUAACCGUUCUGUCCGAUCCCAACCCUCGCGUAGCUACGGUUCUGGACCAGAUGCGAGAACUCUAUCGCCUGGUAAACCAGCACCAUCAUCAAGAUGCCGGGACGGGCCGGCCGCUCACCCGCCUCCACGUACACACGCUCGCUUUCCAGGCCAUCAUCGUCAAGCGUGGCUCCCAGUGGAAGAAUACCAUGUCGGCCACGGCCAAAGCCUCUCUGACCGCCAACAGGCAUGUUUGCGGCUCGGCGGACAUCGACCUGAGUAAAGCGCGGCUGAUCAUGGACGAAUCAUUCUCCACUAGCAGGAGUGAAGGAAGUCAGCGGAUUCCUCUGCAGGAGUCUCGACCCGUCUCGUGUUGGGACGAGGAUGACUAUGAGAUCUGCGUGGCUCCUGUUCUGGUGUGCACUGAAGUGUAUCAGACCGCUGGGGGAGGAGACAACAUCUCAGCAGCCGGACUCGUCCUGCAGGUCUGAAUACGAGAGCUGGUCCCUAAUGCAUUGGUUUAAUUGUGAUUUUAAUAAUUGUGUUGUUUUAUUUUUUACUUUUUGUGGGGAAGACACAUCAUGUGCAAUAUAAACAUUGGGACCAGUCAAUAUAUAACUUGGUGUAUUUCACAAACCUGUCAAGAUGUUCCGCUCAAAGUUCACACCAACAUCAGAACAAAGAAAAAGAGAGUUGACUUAAAAUGAAGAAAACAAGUGUGGUAGUUCACGCAUAUUAUCAGUGAUUAAUGUUCGCUUAUGUUAAGUGAUAGUUCAUCCAAAAAUCUAAAUCAUUUACUCACCCUCUUGUCAUUUCAAACCUGUACGACUUUCUUUCCUCCGCCGAACACAAAAGAAGAUAUUUUAAAGAACGUUUACUAGCAUCGAUUCACUUGCAUUACUUUUAUGUACAUACAAUAGAAGUGAAUGUGUGCUUGCACUGCUCGGUUUCCUACUAUCUUCAAAAUAUCUUCUUUUGUGUUCUGCCGAAGAAAGUCAUACAGGCUUGACACGAGGGGGAGUGAAUGAUGUCAGAAUUUUAUCACUUAAUGCUGGGUCACACCAAACGCGAACAAUCACGUUCCACGCUCUUUAUAUUUUGCGGGAAAAGUUCGUUAUUUUCACUUGAAAUUACAAAUAUUCACGGAAGACAAUAUUGACGCGUGUUCGCAGCAAUCGCUCCACCCUAUUCGCGACAUUCGCAUCGCCUGCCACGAGUUCGCAUCUGUACGCGUCUUUGCAUUGACCUUGUAUGUAAUUUUCUCGCGCAAAACGCGUAAUUCGCUGUUGGUGUGAACCCAGUGUAAGGACUUAAAUAAUUAUUUUUGCAAUGCAAUUUAUUCCUGAUAUACAAGAAUAUUGCUUUAGAACAUUGAGAAAGUGGUCACUAUUCAGAAUAAUGAAAAUAAUUAUAAUUUAAACCAAAAAUGUCUGGAGACAUGAUAAUGGGAAUUUGUGGACAAAAAAAUUAUGGGUUCUUAAAAUGAUGAAAAACUGUUUUCAUAAGAUUCAAGCAGUUAUAAAACCUAUAGGUCACUGUUUCCAUUUUAUUUUCUUGUUUAACACAUCUUUACUUCAUUUACAUUUGAGCAUUUGGCAGUGGCUUUUAUCCAAAGCGACUUGCAUUGCAUUAUACUAUGCAUUGUAUCUGAGUAUAUGCAAUCCCCUGGGAUCAAACCCACGACUUGGCGUUGCUAGACCAUUGAGCUACAGGAGAUAUAAUAAGAUGUUUGUCAUUUACAAAAUACAAGUACUAACAAAGAUUUUUUUGCGGAGCCAGAACUUGUUACAUUAUGACUGUAUUCUCUGAUGUGCUUUAGGGUGUUUCAACCUGUUUUCUAAAUUAGCUCAAUGCUUCAUCUCUUUGCUAUCUUAUGCUCCUCGUACUGCAGUUAUGUGACUGUAUUUGUCAAUAUUGAUUUGCUUCUCUCCAUUCCACAGUUUCAUCAUAUUCCUCUAUAACACGCAUCUGAGCAGUUACUAAUCCCAAAUAGCCGUCUUUUGCAUUUCCCUUUAUCUUGUCAUUUAUUAAUCGUGUUUCAUUUUAUAUUGUAAUGAAGGCUGAACCCUUUUGACUUUUGCUGCUCAUUAGGGAACGUCCCAUGUUUUAAACUCUUAAUAGGGUGAAGGGAAAUGUUUAGCGGCUGUGAUUUUAAUCUGUUUAUCUUCAUCACAUUUUUUUAGCGCAAUGGAAAUGAAACCAAAGCCACUUCUUUAUUUGCGAACGUGUACCUUUGAAGGGUGAAGGCACCUCAGAUAUGAUCAUGGUCUCAGGCCCUGAAUACCUUUCUGAAUCUUUUCCAUUAGCCACCCUGAGUGCAAAUUAUUACCUACCUCCUGUGCCUAUGAUAUUACAAACAGAUGUCUUUUAUGAUUAUAUUGUAUGCCUGCAUUUAUUUACAGGAGGGGUUUAUUAGAAUGCUCGUCUAUAGUGUAUAGAGAUCGAUAAAGAUGUCCCACCCUAUGAGAGAUAUCAGGGUGAGCGCAUUUUGACACUCACCAGCUGAUAUAUAAAUCACGUCUCAGGGAUUACAGUAGCCCGGAUGUCUAUGAUCCUCAACACUUGAUUCUGUUGAGCUGUGACAGAGAGCAGCUGGUGUGAUGAAAGCGUUUUUCCUGGAUGGGAUCUGAGCCUUUAUAUACUGGCCAAACAAUGGUCCAGUAGAAGAGUUUUUUGUGUGAACAAUAGCAAUGGAUGUUUUUGUUUUUAAUGUGAUUUGUGCGUUAAAUCAUACAUUAAUAAUGUGAAAGGGGUUUAGAACCAUGUUUACAUGCAUAUGAACCAAUUGUAGCAUUUUAAUUUUUACGGAAAGCGUAAAACUGUAUCUCUAAUGUUCUGCUGGAAAAGCUGGAAAUGAAAAUUGAUGUGAACUGAGUAUUUUCCUCUUUUUCCCUCCUUUUGCCAUCUGUGUUAUGUCACCUACACCUGUAUUUGAAGGGAAUGCUUGUUUCUGAAUGAUGUUUUAUGUAAUAAACUAUUACAUUCCAUUUAUGAUA